GCACGUCAGUCAGUCAGUCAGUCCACUUGCGCUCCACCUCACUCGCUGUGUGUGCGUGUGUGUCCGCGGAGCCGAAGAGGGGGAAUGUCUGAGGGCGUUUGAGGGCGUUUGUGCGCAGGUGAGGGCGUUGUGUUGUACCUAUUGUAUGAGUGUAUGAGGGUGUAUGGGUGGUGAGGCUUCCCCACGCACGCACGCAUCUAUGGCAUGCAUGUAUGCAUGCGCGUUGCGGCUCGCGUGGCUCUGCUCUCCACUGUCCUGUCCAGUGUCCACACGCACCCUCAUGGGGAAGGGAAGUCGUUGGUCGUUACCUGCUCUGGUAUGUACCUACCUACAUCGUCGUCGUUCACUUGCUCAAUCAGUCAGUCACUAAACCCUCUAUCAAACCUAUAUACUCCCCCCAUCCCCCAUCCCUCACACUCACACUCACACUCGCCGCCCAACAAAUCGCCGCCCUACCUCAGCAGCGUCCUCGCAACCGCCUCGGCGCAACCACAAGCACAGCAGCACCCGCUGCGCCUCCGCCUCCCGACCCCCAUCCCCACACCACGCACCCCCCAACAGCAACAACAACGCCAACCCCCCAAACUCCAAUCUCUCCAACCUCUCCAACCUCUUCAACGUCUCCAACCUCUCCAACCUCGCCAACCACACCAACCACACCACCGCCUCCGCUCCCGCCGCCACCACCACCACCCCCCCACAACCCUAGCCCCUGACUUCGACGUCCGCGAAACGAGCACAGCCUUCUUCCUCGAGGGCGAGCUGCCCGGCGUGCGCGACGCCGAUGCCGUGCGGCUGGACUGGAUCGAUCGGCGGACGCUGGCUGUAGAGGCGCGGAUCGAGAAGGAGGGGGAGUGCGGGGAGUGGGGGCAGUUGUGGUGGGGGCAGUUGUGGUGAGGGCAGUUGUGGUAGUGAAGGCGGAAGUCAAGAGGACGAGAUGGUCGUCGACGAAGCGGCCACGGAGCGGAAAGGCGGCGCGGGG